GCUCAAAUCAAACACAGGAUAGACAGGUAACCAUGCCUGUGAAGUUGGAUCCCCCUCCUCCCGCAAAUUCCAAACAACUUGGAGUAACCACAACUUUAUUAUACAAUGGGUCACGGUUUCAGGGACAUCAAAAAAGCAAAGGAAAUUGUUACGAUGUGGAAGUCGUUUUACAGCAUGUGGACAUGGAAAGCUCCUACCUGUGUGGAUAUUUGAAGAUUAAAGGACUAACAGAAGAGUAUCCAACUUUGACAACAUUUUUCGAUGGGGAAAUAAUCAGUAGAAAACACCCAUUCCUUACAAGGAAAUGGGAUGCUGAUGAGGAUGUAGACAGGAAACAUUGGGGAAAAUUUUUAUCAUUCUACCAGUUUGCAAAGACUUUUAAUUCUGAUACAUUUGAUUAUGAAGAUUUAAAAACAACAGAUUAUGUAUUCAUGCGAUGGAAGGAGCAUUUUUUGGUUCCGGACCACACAAUAAAAGACAUAAAUGGGGCAUCAUUUGCUGGAUUUUAUUAUAUCUGCUUUCAAAAGUCCACAUCAACGAUAGAAGGCUACUACUAUCAUAGGAGUUCUGAAUGGUUUCAGUCACUUAACCUUAUACACGUGCCAGAACACAGUAUACCUGUGUAUCAGUUCAGAUGAUGUCAUGUGACUUCCAACUCGCUGUGAUACCUAUUUAUUGUGUACAUAAUAAAUCGGAGUAUAUGCUUUCAUGACAUGUACCCUAACCUAUCAAUUAUUUUUGCCUUGAAAAAGAUCAGUAGGAAAAUUAAUUAACACUUAAUACAUAAUUACCAACUUUUGUCGGGAACAUACUUAUUGUAGCUGUGUUUCAAGGCAUACAGAAGUAUUCUUCACUGAGCUGGACUUGAUGGACAAUAUAAGUGCUAAUUUGGUGCUCUGAAUAAUUAAACAGGGUCUCCCAGUGAAAAGACCUUUGAUGUGGCGGGGAGAGAAGCAUGAUUGGACAAUGAAACUCUAGAAUGUGUACAGUUAUUUAAUAAUAAUACGACGUUCCAUUUCACCCUCUACAUGUAUAUACAUGUAUAGCAUCCAAAUUGAUUUGCACAAUAUUUUUCUUGUUACUGUUGUCAAAGUUUAUGACAGGACAAAACAUUUGAUACACUGCAUGCCAAUAAGUGAACAGGAAAUGUGCUAUAUGUUAUAUGUGUGAUUGUUAUUAGAGUUAAUCAAAGUGGUACAAACAAUAUGUUUAUUGUUUUAACAGUAUAACCACAGCUUUUACUGCUUUGGGUAUCAAACAUGAUUUUUAGUCGGUGAUGUUGUGUCCUAUCAUAUAGAAUGUAUUCCUGGAAUGCUAUGCAGUGUGCAACCCUGUCUGUCAAAUACAUUGCCCUGUUCCGCCAAUGUACAGUUACCUCCCUUUGUGGUCAGAAUGCUGACACAAUUUUAUGGGUUGGUAUAUGCUAUAUUUUGUAUGUUACAGUGUGCAGGCAGUGUAGUAGUGCAUAUUGUACCUUACUUGGUGUCUGCGCAUUGUCAAUGGCUUUAAUUUUGAUAUGUAAAUUGCAAAAUAACAUGUUUCUGUUUUUAUAAAAGAUGCAAUUUUCCUUGUU